GCAGUAAGUAGGGUUGGGGAAUUCAUGUGGAGGUCAGAGUUGUGUCUGGUCUGAAAGGGUGGAAGACCAAGACCAUCUGAAGGAGACAUGGCUGCUAAACUGUUUGAAGCUGUUGGCAAGUUUGGCCUGGGCUUAGCUGUUGUAGGAGGAGUUGUCAACUCUGCCUUAUAUAAUGUGGAUGCUGGCCAUAGAGCUGUCAUCUUUGAUAGGUUCCGUGGAGUCCAAGACAUUGUUGUAGGAGAAGGGACUCAUUUUCUCAUCCCAUGGGUACAGAAACCAAUUAUUUUCGACUGCCGUUCCCGGCCACGGAAUGUCCCAGUAAUCACUGGUAGCAAGGAUUUACAGAAUGUCAAUAUCACUCUUCGUAUUCUCUUCCGACCUGUCGCCAAUCAGCUGCCCCGAAUCUUCACCAGCAUUGGUGAGGACUAUGAUGAGCGGGUAUUGCCCUCCAUAACCACCGAGAUCCUCAAGUCAGUGGUAGCUCGAUUUGAUGCUGGAGAAUUGAUCACCCAGAGAGAACUAGUCUCCAGGCAAGUGAGUGAUGACCUCACAGAGAGAGCGGCAACCUUUGGGCUCAUCCUAGAUGAUGUCUCUUUGACGCAUCUGACCUUUGGGAAGGAGUUCACGGAGGCAGUAGAAGCCAAACAGGUGGCUCAGCAGGAAGCAGAGAGAGCCAGAUUUGUAGUGGAAAAGGCUGAGCAACAGAAGAAAGCAGCCAUCAUCUCAGCAGAGGGUGACUCCAAAGCAGCCGAGCUGAUUGCCAAUUCGCUGGCCACUGCAGGAGACGGCCUAAUAGAGCUUCGUAAGCUAGAAGCUGCAGAGGACAUUGCAUACCAGCUUUCCCGAUCUCGGAACAUCACCUACCUGCCCGCUGGGCAGUCAGUGCUCCUCCAGCUUCCCCAGUGAGGCCUGUGGCCCCACUGAUCCUACCCCACUCAGCCAUGAUCUAAUCCAUAGCCUUUUCCCGGUCACCCCACCCAAAAUCACUGUGAGAUUUAAUGAUUUGGCUUAAGCAAAGGAAAUAAAAUUAAAGUCAUUUUGGGAUCUUGAAUUUCUCCAUGAGAUUAAGCUCUUUCCUUCUUUACAUCUCUUCUGUCCACCCCAACCUUAAGUAAGAAUUGAUGUCUGUCUUGAACAAAUGGCUGGGGUAACACUGCUCUCAGCCCUCUGGAGAAGUACAACCUCGGUGCUGCUGGGAACACAGAACAGGUCAAAGGAAGAAGGGGAUAGAGAGGUGUGCAAGUGGACAACUUUUAAUGAGCUGAUGUAGACCAAAGCUUCCCACCAUUUCACCAGAGAAGAUAAGAAAAGGAUGGCACCCAGAGCCUCAGUUAGCUAGUGGCUGUAGCUAAGAGAGGAGGUAGCCCUCCAUUCAUUCCAGCAUUGUGUUUAGAGGAGGUGCUGUGGAAGCUCGGGAAGGAAAUGGUCCCUCUGUUGCCGUGUGGCUGAUCAUAUAUGAUGGUACUGACUGAGAGAACUGGCCCUGCUGGGGGUAAAAGGGAAAUGGUUUUCUCUUCCUCCUCUACCCCAAAGUGUUCUAAGAAUGCAGCAGUCUUUGGGGGAGGGCCCUGGAAUAAGAUGGGGAUCCACCAGGAAGCUUCCCCCUCAUCCCUAGCCCCUUUUAAAAUGCUCAGGAGGGAACUCUCAGCCUGAGGGAUUGCAUUCAGCACUGACUGAAUAUGCUCUCCAGUGAUGUGUGAGUCCUGAGUUCCUGGCUCUUCUAUUCAGAGACACUGCCCUUCCGGACAGCUUUGUGGCUUGUGUUGUGGAGGGAAUGGGAACAGCAUGGAGAGAACAAAUUGUGUAACCUGCCUUCAAUAAAUGACACCCAAAUUCCC